AUGUCUGGACGUGGAAAGAAACACGCAGUGGCUGGCAAACCUGGAGCUGCACUGAAGAAAACCAAAUCAGCCAAGGCUGGUCUGCAGUUCCCUGUGGGUCGUGUCUACAGGCUCCUUAAAAGAGGGAACCACGCUGACAGGAUCAGUCCUGGUGCUGCCAUCUACCUGACUGCAGUGUUGGAGUACCUGAGUGCAGAGAUCCUGGAGCUGGCGGGGAAUGCUGCACGGGAAAACAAGAAAGCCAGGAUCCUGCCCAGGCACAUCCAGCUGGCCGUGAGAAAUGAUGAUGAGCUGAACAAGCUCUUCUUCUGCGUGACCAUCGCUCAAGGAGGGGUUAUACCAAAUAUCCUUUCCCAGCUCCUUCCAAAGAAAACUGUCAGAGAUGCUGCUCCUUCUCAGGACCAAGUAAUAGGUCCCCUCACCUCUGGAAGACAAGAUCCAUUGGAAGCGGUUUCCGUGUUGGAGUACCUGAGUGCAGAGAUCCUGGAGCUGGCGGGGAAUGCUGCACGGGAAAACAAGAAAGCCAGGAUCCUGCCCAGGCACAUCCAGCUGGCCGUGAGAAAUGAUGAUGAGCUGAACAAGCUCUUCUUCUGUGUGACCAUCGCUCAAGGAGGGGUGUUACCUUACGUUCUUCCCAAAUUUCUUCCUAAGAAGACCAUCUCACUUAAACUGCCCCACAAAUACGUCCGGUCACAGGAGUUCUAG